GCGCAGGCGCAUUUCGAACGCUUCGGAGGAGAGGGCGGGGUGUCGUUCCCUUCGCUGAUGCAAGAGCUUAGCGCGGUGGUGGGAGAGCUGUCGGUUGGAGCGACGCUGCUGCUGGGGUCUGAAGCUGACCCGCCCUACUUCUCGUCGGUGUCGAGCCCACUCGAGCUGCAGCCAUGUCCGGGGACGAGAUGAUUUUUGAUCCUACUAUGAGCAAGAAGAAAAAGAAGAAGAAGAAGCCCUUUAUGUUAGAUGAGGAAGGAGAUGCCCAGACAGAAGAAACCCAGCCCUCAGAAACAAAAGAAGUAGAGCCAGAGCCAACUGAGGACAAGGAUGUGGAAGCUGAUGAAGAGGACAGUAGGAAAAAAGAUGCUUCUGAUGAUCUAGAUGACUUGAACUUCUUUAAUCAGAAGAAAAAGAAGAAAAAAACAAAAAAGAUAUUUGAUAUUGAUGAAGCUGAAGAAGGUGUAAAGGAUCUUAAGAUUGAAAGCGAUGCCCAAGAACCAGCUGAACCAGAGGAUGACUUGGACAUUAUGCUUGGCAAUAAAAAGAAGAAAAAGAAGAAUGUCAAGUUCCCAGAUGAGGAUGAAAUACUGGAGAAAGAUGAAGCUUUAGAAGAUGAAGACAGCAAAAAAGAUGAUGGUAUCUCAUUCAGUAACCAGACAGGCCCUGCUUGGGCAGGCUCGGAAAGAGACUACACAUAUGAGGAGCUACUGAAUCGGGUGUUCAACAUCAUGAGGGAAAAGAAUCCAGAUAUGGUCGCUGGAGAGAAAAGGAAAUUUGUCAUGAAACCUCCACAGGUUGUCCGAGUAGGAACCAAGAAAACAUCUUUUGUCAACUUCACAGAUAUCUGUAAACUAUUACAUCGUCAGCCCAAACAUCUCCUUGCAUUUUUACUGGCCGAAUUGGGUACAAGUGGUUCUAUAGAUGGCAAUAACCAACUUGUAAUCAAAGGAAGAUUUCAACAGAAACAGAUAGAAAAUGUUUUGAGAAGAUAUAUCAAGGAAUAUGUCACUUGUCACACGUGCCGAUCACCGGACACAAUCCUGCAAAAGGACACCCGACUCUAUUUCUUACAGUGCGAAACUUGUCAUUCUCGAUGCUCUGUUGCCAGCAUCAAAACCGGCUUCCAGGCUGUCACAGGCAAGCGAGCACAGCUCCGUGCCAAAGCUAACUAAUUUGCUCAUCACCACUGAUUUUGCGAAGUGUUGUGGAUAUUUGGCUGGACAGGUCAUCAGAAUGGAUAUACCAUUGUAUUAAAAGCAAGUCAGAAAAGCUGUCAAGUUCUUUGGCCUGUGGCUGGUUGGUCUGAAAUCCUUGCAGGAUGCUGAUGCUCAAGCUGUUGACAUACUCGUUGCCUACUUUUAACAACUGUCAAGAGAAACAUGAUGGGAUAUGGUGGUGCUUUUUUAAAAUCGUUCAUAGACUUCUGUAAAAUGCAAGAUAAAUUAAAGUUAUUAUAACAGUGAUUCUUUCUAUUUGGUUUGUCCUUCAGCUUUUUCUGUGAAAAUUGUGCUUAAUCAAUUCAGCAAAACAGUUUGUGCCUGGGUUCGGGCAAGGUCUGUGUCCUCAUCUUACAAAACUGGACAUUGGCAGACACUUCAUCUGGGCAGCCAUUUUCCUUCUCAGCUUCUCCUCAGAUACUAAAGUAAGACUCAGCUUCACUAGAGGGUUGUUGGAGUGUGAGAUCUGGGAGGACAGUCUGUUUUCAGUGUCCAGGGAAUAAUUACAUAGAUUUGGAAUCCUUUUUAUCAUGUGAGGAUUGUUAGUACUACCUCACUGUCACAUCUUCUAGCUGUUACUACCACCUGAGGGAAUACCAGGUGCAGAGUACCCCUCCCUCCUUACAUUUUUCUUCCUUAUUGGCCACUAAGAGACUCUUAGAAACAUAGCCUCUAAGUUUGUCUUAUAACUGGCACACUUAGAAAAAUCCUAGUUGGGCAUCCGUUGGCGAGGAAGCAUUAUGGCAUGUACAGUAUGGAGAACUCUUGUCUGAGUUCAAACCAUGAUUCUAGAGGAGGCUGGUUUUUCCUCCCUGACUUGUGUUCCUAAUUUCAAUAAGACCCAUCAAAUGCUUUCCUAUUUUUUGUAUUAAAGUAGCUUUUGAAUGUGACAUGAGAAACCAAGAGGUGACACCGUCUGUGUGGUGCUGCUUCUGCUGCCUGCAGUUCUGCCUUCUGAGGAUUUGGCUGAAAGGGUGUUUCUUUCUUCACUAAGCACAGGGGGAAAAGAUCAUCUUAUGUGUCUUGCUGUGAUCUGCCUUGCACACACUUACUGAGGAUAAGGGCAUAACACUGCUCCUCACUUUCUCAUUACUAGACCAUUCCUAGGCAGCCCAGGAGCAGUCGUCAUUCAGCCCUGAAUAUCUUGACCGUGUUUUUGAUCACUGUGACCCUUAAAGUCAGGCCAAGUAUUAAAAGCACCUUGGCCAUGAAGUGGUGGAGGGAGCAGAUCAUUCCCUCAACCCAGUAGGUCCUGAGGGGACCACAAACUAGCCGAGCUGCCACUACUGCCCUAAUGAACUCAGCUGCUGUUGAUGAUGCUGUCUUCCUUUUGUAUCUACACCCACAUGACUCCCAAUGUUACUACGUGAAUAAAGCAAGGAUGAGUGCC